CUCGUGAUGAUAAACAGAAAUAUACAUUGACAUCAUGAUGGAUUAAUCAUUUGGCGAUUUGUGUGUAGUUUAGAUUUCAAACAAACAAUGAUAGUUGAAUAUAUUGAAAUAACAUGAACACGUUUUGUAAGAUUUGUAGAGCAGGAUAUUUAUUUAUACAUGUACAGUCCAUGAUAUGGCCAGACCUGCAGCUGACCGAAUGAGGCUAAAAGAUAAAAUUAUCGAUAAUAUUUCGAAAGCGAUCAAAUCGAUCCAAGAGCUUCUUUACUACCAGUCUACCAACCCUGUUCUAAAUGGCGGCUGUGUCACUGAAAUAAGACUCACUCUCACAAAUAGUGAUCGUCAGUGUCAUAAGCUGUGUGAGAACUUGGACCAUGCACUGCUUCAUGGAUUAAAACAUGUAACGCAUGGCUACUGGCCGGUUGUAAAACAGCUGUCUCACAAAGGUCUUGUCAGGGACAUUGAGAUUCUGGUCAAUGUAACAACUGACCUAGGACGAGGAAGAGCCUGGCUUUUUGCUAUGCUCAAUGAAGGACUGUUGGAGUGUUAUAUCAACCUUCUUGUACAAAAUGAGAAACUUCUCAGGAAGUUCUAUGCAAAAGAUGCCUUACUGCUUGAUGGAGAUAGAAUGACUCAACUUCAGACACUUACUUCUGGCCUGGAAUUUGUUACAUUCAAGUUUGAACUAGAUCUGCCCUAUUUAGAUCUCAAUGCCUAUCCUCCGCGCAGCAGGACAGACGCCCAGUUGGUGGGCGAUGUGCUGUCUACUUCACCCAGUUCUCUGGUGAAUGGGAAAUAUUCUCGGAGUGCCAGUUUAAUAUCGGCACUGGAGACCAGUUCUGGCUCACUGGAGUCAAGAUCCAUGUUACCCAGUGACUCUGACUCUCUCAGCACCACAAGCUCUGAUGCACAUACCCAGGCAGACCAAGGGCUUCAGAUGAGACUUAGUACAUACUCCACUGACUCUGGCUUUCCUGCAGACAGCCUUUUUAACAGCACAACAACAUUGAAACAGCGCAGCGUGACGCCUCCAGAUAUUGUUGUGAACAGGAAGGCCAGAAGUGUCACUCCUAGUGACAACAUAUCUGUGGCAUCCUUGGGGUCAACAGGGGAACAGGAUCGGCACCAGAGGCUGGAAAACCUGAAUCCUGCCACAGAAGAGGAUGACAAUGGCAAAAGCCAAGUAUUAGAAGUCAUCCGCAUUACUAAAAAGACUGCAGUGGCUGGAAAACCUAAAAAGAAAAGAAACCUUUCUAAUAAAAAAGAAACGAGUAAUAAAAAAUCUGUUGAAGCUGUACCAGCUGAUACAAAAUCAGACCAAAGAGUAGAAGUGGGAACAGCUGUAAAUAAAGAUAUAGUCGACUCUCCUCUCGACUCUCAUAACAAUGAAAUCCACAAUAACUUGCCAGACCUCUGUGAUGCUGCCGAUUCCAAACUAGAUAUCAUUCCUGGUGAAGUGUCUUGUUCCAUCCCCAAGUAUGACUCUGGUUUAGAUAUAGCUACUUUGACUCCGGAUACAGAAAGGGGCUCAACUCCUGUUUCUCCCAUAGACGCAGAGGACCUAUGGAUUCCCUCCGAACUUAAGAAUGAUCAGGUUAAAGUAAAAAAUGUAAAUUCUAUGCCCGCAAUGUCUUCAAUGGCAACCAUUAAAAGUAAAAUCGACAGUCUUUGUGUUGGCAACAACAGUGACAGUUCUAGUCAUAUCGAUCAUUCGUUUUCACAUUCAAAUCAUUUGAGUCAACCUCCAGAGUCACAGCACAUGCAUGACUCAAGCCACACACUUCAUCCACAUUUUUCAUCAUCAGAUUCACCACCAACCAAAGCAGACACUAAUAGCUUAUUUACUGAAACCUGUAUGAAGCCCACAAAUGAUGACCACGCAACGUCCAGGAACCCUUCUAAUGAUGUAAAGCUUCCCAUUUUCAGUGAGGAUGAUUUUUAUUCUUGUUAUUCAGAGAAGGAUAAAUCUGAUGUGCCUGCUCUACAUUACCAGGAGAACAGUGUGUCCAGGGCCAAAGCUGCUUUGCAGUCCUCAUCUCAGCUGAAGGACUAUAUGGACUACAUUUUAAAGUCAAAUCAAAACCCAUCGCCAAGCAAUGCAAAAGGAGAUAGGGAGAGACCACAAGAUCAGGAGGACGAUUUAUCUGUCAGCCUGGACAACAAUGCCAAGCUUCAAAUCAUGUUAGAGAUACUGUCUCAUGAAGAUGAAAAGUUUUUAAAGAUGUUUGUGUCAAGGGAGAAUAUGAUGGAAGGGGAUGCUGGAGUUAUCUACCUUCUUGUGUCUGACCAGUGCCUGUACUUUCUUAAGUACAAGGAGUCCAGCCGGAAAUUUGUUCUACGCUCCAGCGCCAUGUUAUCUGACCUCAUUUUUAUCAGUACUGGCCUGAACGACCAGAUGAUCAGCAUUGAGAGUCGUGGCCAAAACAAGCAGAAACAGAGGCUGUGGGUCACUCCAGGCCAUCAGGCACUCACAAAAUGUAUUUUGGAACACCUGACUGUUGCAGUUAGAAAAGCCAAUGAGCACUUUACGUCUGUGAGGCCAAGAUUUAGUGUAGGGAGUGAAGUCCCCUUGCAGAAGAUAGCCCUAAGGAAGUAUAUCUCCAAAGAGUUGAACUGUGAGCCCUCAGAUGUUGUGAUCAAUGAUUACUCCCUGGUCUUUUGGGAAGACCCAUCUUCGGCAAAUAGAAAGCAAGAUCAGGAUGCACACAAAGAGGGCACGCUGCUCAUGUGGACGCAGGAUCCAAUGAAGGGUUAUAUCUGGAAGCCAGUCUACGUAGUGUUAAAAGAUUCCAUGCUGAGUGUGUCCAAUCACAAGACAGACACAAGACCUCACUCUCUGCUGGGGCUAGGUGGGGACCAGUGUAUUGGUUGCCGGCUGACCUCUGUGGGGGAUCGUAACAACUGUGUGGAGCUGGUCACUGCUCGAGGUGGAAGCUGGUUCCUCUCAGCAGCUUCUGAAGUUGAAAUAGCCCAGUGGAGGCAUGCCCUGUGUUUGGCAGUAUCCAAAGGAGUAGAGGAUGACAGUUCAUUGAUCUCUUGUGUGCCAUGUUGUGCUGUGCUUGCCUGCGGCACUGUCUUCCUUUGCCAUGAGGAUUUGCAGACAAAAUUUUUCCGGACAUUGGGCCGAGCCAAAGUAGAAGACCUGACAAGCCUUAGGACAGAUGACUCAGAUCCAACUUAUUGCAUUUUAGAAUUUGAGUCUCAGGAAGUUGGUGUCUCAAGUGUAAACUGGGUAUUUUAUUUCACUUCUGUUCAAGAUCUUCAGAGAUACCAGACAGCCAUUGGUCAAGUCUGGAAGGAAAAAUAUCAGGUGGAUGUCCCUGUUCUGUUGGUGGACAAUGCAGGUCUACAGCGGAGCUGCCUCUCCCACUCUCAGCUGCUUCACCAGCAGCUGUGCUUUAGUUGACAGUACCACACCUCCACAGAAAGUUGUGCCAAAGCAACGGAUCCUGGUUCGGUUUGUUAAGAUCCUGCUAAGAUUGCCCACGAGGGCAUGUUUUGUCUUUCCAGUGGUUUUCAUGUCAUUCAAGUUUCCAGCCUUCUUCCAGAACUACACCUGGACAAGCACUCAAAAUUACUGCAACAAAUUUCUCUUGUUCAGUGGAUUCAUAUUAAAACUCAGCUUGCAGCGUUUGUCAUGGGUUUUAUACUUAGAUGGGGUUCCUUAACAGUGGACAGGAUUCUUGAUUCAUCAAAAAAAAAGAUAGAUAUAUUUUGUAUAAUCCUGUUUGAUAGGCAGUUUUUUUUUUAAAUGUUUUCCAUGUUAGAUUAUCUGAAUUUUUCAGACACCUGCCAUUACUUGUGUUUGGGGAAAUAUCUGUACCUGUAUUUAACACAUUCAUGCAAAAUGUGAUAUUUUAAGUUUAUUUUUAAUUUCACACCAAUGGCUUUCUUGUGCUGCUCAUGUAGCUUGAAUGUUAUGCUCUUGUUUAUGUCUCUUGAUCCAUUUUGUAUUCAUUCAUUCCCAUUUAUCUCUUUGUAUAAUCUGUGCUUCAUUUAUGCCCCAUUCUUUUCUUGCUCCAUUUAUCCCCCCUGGGACAGCUCCCAUAUCCAUUUGAUCCUCUUGAAUAAGUUUAUUUGUAAGUUAUCUCCCUAUUCCUCAUUGGGUAUUCCAUUCGUUGCGAUGGUUGUUAUGUGACAUAUUAUUUAUAGAUUACAUGAUUGCUUGUUCACAUCCAUGUUUGUCGUCUUUCAGCUUUCCUAAUUGUCUGAUGUAGAUAUUUAUAGUUUUGUUUAUUUAUCUGUUGAUUUUUUUCAACAUUCUCCCUCCAAGCAGACUCGCUUGUUCUCUUAAGGGGGGUCACAUGAAUAUGUUUUUACUUUAAACCUGUGUAUAAAUGUUUUAUGCUUUGAAAGUGUUUUUGUGCCAUAUCCAAAUACUAGGCUCUUGACAUGUUUUGGGAUCUGAAAUCCAAUAUGUUUGUAGUACAUCACAUGUAAGUGAGGGAGACAGGUUUUUUUUUUAUAUUCCAUAUGUUCCUUCAGAGUUGGAGGGAGGGGGAGGGUUCAAAACUGGGACCAUGGAGACAGCAGUCUAGAGUGCAUACCACACAACCAGGCAGCCAGAUGAAGAGGUCAGUGCAAAGUAUAUCAAGUGGUGUAGAUAGGGAAAUAAUGAGCCCAGCCAAAAAAUAAAAACUUAGUAUCAUUUGGUUCAAUAAAGAAAAAGUUUAUUAUUUUUCAAAUUCAAAAACAGAAAUAAAAUGAUUUAGAGUUGAAUGUAACACAUUCAAUGGGAAAUAGAAUUAAUUAUAAAAGCUACUAACACAGGAAAAGUAUACAAACUCAUCCAUAACUUGCAAUGACAUACAACAAAAUAAAUAAUAGAAGAUGAUUAAUAAUAAUAGUAGGACGUAAUCAUCUUUUUUGAAGUAAUGUCUAUAUUAUAUAAGAUAAGAUAAUAAAAACAGGAUGAAAAAAGAAGAUAAUUUUUUAUAAGGUAAAUUUGUUUUUGCAUUGACAUCUCUAUAUGUAUACAAUCCAUCUCUUAUGGUGCAUUGGCAUUCGACAAAAAAAAAUCACAUUAUUCAUCUCUCUAUAUAUGAACAUAAAUUGUGUAAACUCAUUGUCUGCAUUGUUUUGUUUCAUUUCCAAAAUGAAUGCAUUUCAGCUGAUCAUUGUUUUCGAUGAUCAAAUUUUUCAAUCUUUCAUGUGACCUGUUUGUCUUUGAGUAGUACCUAUGCUGUGCGUCAUCCUUGAUCUAUUUACUCUUGCUAGCUGUGCAAUUACAAUGGGGAUAUUCUUGGUGGAUCAUCUGUUAUGAUUAUUAUUUUUUUUGCUCAUUUGUGAAGGUGCAAAGGUUUUAAAUGUUACCAGCAAGAUAGCAGUUUUUGUAUGGCCAUUCUUGGUUUUGGCUGUAGAUAUGCUUAGUAACUCAUAUAUUGUUUUUGUUUUUUUCUUAUCUAAUUUAGUGCAAUCAAAGAGUGUAUGCUGGUUCUGGGUAAAAAUAUAAGAACUAGUAAGGAAAUUUCCAGAACUUAAUUGUGCCAUCUUGUUGGACAAGUUGUUUUUUUUACCUAGUUUCAUGCCAAUUAAAUAAAUCAAAGUGAAAAAAAAACAAAAACUUGUGACAAUGAAAAUCAAUUCGUCAGCCAUCAUUGUCAAGCCACUUGAUGAAACUAUUGAAUUGGUUACAAAAUUUAUUUGUAAAUAAAAAUAAAGGGGCUACAUUUGUGACAGGAGUGGGUACGAUUGUGACAAAUGGGGUACAUUUGUGACUGAAGAGGUACAUUUGUGACUGAAUGGCCUCUAUUUGUGACAGAAGGGGUACAUUUGUGACUGAAUGGCCUCUAUUUGUGACAGAAGGGGUACAUUUGUGACUGAAUGGCCUCUAUUUGUGACAGAAGGGGUACAUUUGACACUUAAUGGCCUCUAUUAGUGACAGAAGGGGUACAUUUGUGACUUAAUGGCCUCUAUUAGUGACAGAAGGGGUACAUUUGUUACUUAAUGGCCUCUAUUAGUGACAGAAGGGGUACAUUUGUGACUGAAUGGCCUCUAUUUGUGACAGAAGGGGUACAUUUGUCACUUAAUGGCCUCUAUUAGUGACAGAAGGGGUACAUUUGUCACUUAAUGGGCUCUAUUAGUGACAGAAGGGGUACAUUUGUCACUUAAUGGCCUCUAUUAGUGACAGAAGGGGUACAUUUGUCACUUAAUGGCCUCUGUUAGUGACAGAAGGGGUACAUUUGUGACUUAAUGGCCUCUAUUAGUGACAGAAGGGGUACAUUUGUCACUUAAUGGCCUCUAUUAGUGACAGAAGGGGUACAUUUGUGACUUAAUGGCCUCUGUUAGUGAUAGAAGGGGUACAUUUGUGACUUAAUGGCCUCUAUUAGUGAUAGAAGGGUGGUACAUUUGUGACUUAAUGGCCUCUAUUAGUGACAAAAGGGUGGCACGUUUGGUUGAAUAAAUUAUUGCCUGAUUAUUCUUCUGUGAUCUCAUUAUUGGUAUAAUUAUAUUUUGUUUUGUAUAUUAAGUUGUUGACAUUUACAUUUUUAAAAGGUAGACUUAUCAUUCAUACUAAAUUUAUUUGCAGUAAAACAUGGAAAUGUGAGACGGGGACUGUUGUGUGCUGGGCUGGGAGGAAGCCACUUGUUGAAGAAAAUGGUGCAGCUUGGUCUAACUUAAUGUCAAGGAUAAAUCAUAAAAUUAGCGAGAUCUAGAAAGGUUAAAAUCCUCUCUUUUACAUGCCCUGAAUAAAAACUCUUUGCUUGUGUGUAGUGGAUAUAUGUUCCCUACAAGUCAAGGGCAAAUGACUUUUCCCUAACUUUUUAAUAUGCUAGUCUGGGACAAGCACAAAAAAAAACAAGAUUUGAUUGUUUGCAGAACUAUCCUAAGUAGGAACAUACAGGGCUAUUGGCUAUAUAGCUUGCUCAGGCCUGAUUAGACUCCAACACAUGAGAGCUCUCUCUGUGUCCCUUUUGUGCACCAAUAUUCUUUGGGCUGCUUAGAAUGCGCCACAUCUUUAAAACACUUUUUUUUUCCAGCUUUUGAGAGUUACUCAGGCAUGCUAGAGGAAAUUAAAUGGAAACAUGUAACCAUUCAGAGAUCAUUUUGUAGACUUUGAAACCAAAGUGUUAAUAUCAUUCAUUAAUAAUGCCUUCUUGAUUCUAGUUUAUACAUUCUCCUUACCAACUUGUCACCUUGUUGUUUUACCUCAUCAUGGCUUACCUAAAAGUCUGCCAGACCAAUCCAUUUCAGAAACUCCUAUUUUGAAGUGUUAUUCUUUUGUUGAGUUCUAUAUCUAUAUGUAUACACAAAGUUAGCCAUUAUUUAGGUCAGACUUGUGUCUGUUUAGAUAGGAAACAAAAUGGAGUAAAUCCAGUGCUACUCGUGACCCAGUUGUAGUGGAGUUAAUUUGUUUGAAUGUAAUCAGUUUUGCAGCUGAAGAACAGAACAUGUGGUUGUGUGCAUCUCAAUAGCUAAUGGUUGCAUGUAUUUGUCCAUAAAAUUAAGCCAUUUUCACAUCUGUAUUUAUUGCCCAGGAUCUUCAAUAUUUUCAAUCCUUUAAUUCUUAGAAUUGUUUUGUUUCUAAUUAGUUUUACUCACACCCACUUACCCCUAAAAUUUCAGAAUUCUCUUGUGGACAUUUGGACUUUUGGGAAACAUAAUUCAUGAAUGUUACACAUCUUAGGUCUUGUUGCUUAGAUUUUAUUUAUUAUAGUUUUCAUUUCUACUUUGGCCAUAUAGAAUGGUAAUAGUGUACUAUACACUUGAUAUGAGCUUUAUCUGUUGACCUUUAUAGAUCAUACACUUACACUUUGUAUGGCAUUUUGUUUGGUAGAGUCAUUCUGUAUUUAUUUAAUACUUGUCUUGAAAUAAAACAUAUUUAUUUGUAUUGAAGUCCCUGCUACUCUAGUCCAUUGUAUGUGACAUGAUUUUUUCUCCCCACGAGUGUUUACAUAUUAACAAAUAACUGAAAUGAGCAUGACAGUUGAUCUGGUUCAUUGUGGGAUCUCACAGCAGACCUUUUUGUACUCCCCUUUGCCUUGAAAUGAGGCUCAGCAGAACAAUGGUUGGUUCAAAAUUGAUUGUCUCUAGUUCAAAUCUUUUGUUGUUAGAGCAUGACUUCUUAUGUCAACUCAGGAUUUGUAGACUUUGUCUAAACCCACCUGUUUUGAAGAGAUACUGACAUUACUUAGGGAAAGUGGUGAUCAUGUAGACUUUGUCUAAACCCACCUGUUUUGUAGAGAUACUGACAUUACUUAGGGAAAGUGGUGAUUAUGUAGACUUUGUCUAAAGCCACCUGUUUUGAAGAGAUACUGACAUUACUUAGGGAAAGUGAUUAUUCAUUGACAAGUGACUUGUGUCAACUAAUUGAAGUACAUGUGUAUUGAAAGAUGAAUGUGUUUAUACGAUAAGAUUAUUUUGCUCCCCUGGGACUGCAGUGUAAGUAAGCUAUGCUCUAGAAGUCUCUAAGUCAACCUAAAGGCUGCUGGUCAUGCUAUUUGUUUCUUUGUUUGUUCAGCUGUACCAUUGACCAGGGUCAAAGAUCUAGUCUGAACUGUUUGGUGGUUUCCAUAUGAGAAGAUUCUCUUUGAGAGACAUGUCUUGAGGGGGUAGUGAGUUGACCAGACCUGUUGGUAGAGUAGACAAGCUUCAAGAAUAGUUUCUCGCCCCACUCUCAAAGGCUCUAUCUCACUAGUUUUGGUUUAUAGAAUUUAUUGAGUUAUACUGCUUGUGUACAGACCGCAAGUGACCAUUUCUUCAAGUGAACACAGUUCUUCCUGGUAGAAUUGAAGUAAUCUUUCUUUACGUUGGUCAAUAGAACUUAUCUUUUUUGUUUUUGUGAUCUAUUGAAGGAAUUUUUCAAUGCUAGACCUAGUCUAGAGUGCAAUAGUGUAGAACCUAUACAUAAUUAAUUAGCAUCACCCAAUUGUUUUAAAUAGACCGUGUCUGGUGUGCAUUGCUUUAUUUAUGUAUGCCACAUCAAUGACAUCAUAGAUAGACACGGCGUUGUCAACUAGCUAGUUUAUUAGAGACACGUUGUCAACCAGCUAGUUUAUUAGAGGCCCUGCAUCGCAAAGCGACAAGCCACAUUAAUUACGUCAUCGAAACCAUCAGAUGUUCUUGGUGAUUUUACUGCAUUACGGGCCAACUAAGAGAUCGUUUUUUGUUGCUGUUUUUUUUUGUUUUUUUUUUGUUUUGUUAAUUGAGGAUUACUUCCCAUAUCUAAGCUUAUCUCCCAUUUGUCGCUCUCUGUGAUAUGUGAUCAAUUGCUUGUCUCUGUUUUGUCAGCACAAUGUGAUCAAUGUCAUGCUUGUUCCUUGACGCUCAUUCUACUAGUGACUGAUGUUUAGAUUUCAUCAACUCUUUGUCAGUUUUAACAUCAGCGCUUUGGUUUCAAAUAAAUGUAUCAUGUAUUUUUUUUUUAACAA